UUGGUUCCCAUCGAGCACAGCCACCACCAGCUCCUCUCGGCUCACUUUAAAACGUUGCACAGAUUUUCUUCCCUCUCCUUUAGAUGAUGGUGGAAAAGGCAACUCUUUGUCUUUUGGGAUAUGUUUUUUGUGGCAGCACUCAAGGGUUCCAUCGCUGUGCCCCACGUGUGACACCUGGGCCAGCCCGAGCAGCCUGUGCAGGUGUGAGGAGGGCAGCGAUGGCUCUGCUUGCUCAGAUGAAGUGGGGCCUGUUUUAACCCCACUAAUCAGGUAAUUCCCUGCUUGCAGGAGCGUUUACACAGGCUGGAUUUUUCCACUUCAGCGGGUGACAGUGUUGUGUUCCCAACAGUUGGAGGAUUUACUGGUUCUUGGUCUAAUAACUGUAGGCCAGAAAUUCUGUAAUUGUUUGCUGCGUGCUGAGGAAACUGAGGGGAUUAACACGAGGUUUCCACAAAGCCCUUGAAUGUGUUUGCAUUUCCACGUCUGCUUGGACAAUGCACUGAAACUUACUGUAUUGAGUAGUUUAACCUACUACUGAGAAAUGUUUAAUGCUUAAAUGUCUAAUUAAAAAGCAUCUUUAGAAUGUUGUUGAAUGAGACAGUGUUUUUUCUGCUCUAUUAUUUCUUUAUAUUGUACAUGGAUUAAAUAUCUACUUCCUUUUCUCCGGGAUUGUCACUCUGUAAUAAAAGAUAUAUAAAUAUGUUAUUCUUAAAUGAUAGAACAGACUGUAAUACAGUUUAUAUAAUUCUAUUUUAAUUCCAGAUAAUGUUUGUUGGAAUUUUUUACACUUUAACAUCUGUUGCCACAUGCUUUUUUCUGCUGUUUGUUGGAGAUGGAAGACAUCCGAGACUUUAUCUGAAGUGGCCUGACAGGAAUGACCCCCCACACCACCCCUUUUUCUCUCACAUAAAAAGUUUGUUUUACCCUGGAAUUUGUCUGUUGGCAAACUGAAAUGCACCAUGGCACAGAUUUGGGAAUGCAAAGUGGUACCUGUAAAAGGUUUGUUACUUCAGCCCUUGUGCAAACACCGGAAUACGCCCCCUGUCUCAAGUGUUGCACCCAGGAUAUGGUUGGAUGUCCAGGUGGCCCAGGGAGAGCUGGAGCACCAGAAUGACUUAGGGGGGAUCAGGGCACUUCCAAGGCAAAUACCAGGUAAAUGGUUCAUAUCCUGUGGUUUAAUCAUUCUUGGCCCAGUAACGGGCCCUUCCGUCUUGGCUCCUUUUCCCCUUAUGGCAGAAAAAUCUGUACUGGUGCUGUAGAGUUGGUGCCUUUUAACUGACCCUUUGGAGCUGGAGGAGCUGCCUGCCCAGAACUCCAUGGUCCAGCCCCAAUACACCCCAGGAGUGGUCAGUGCAUCCUGGAGGGAGCAGGAUUGCAAGCACGGGCUGGGCUGGGGAAACGAAGUCAGUGGGAUGUGGUGGUGUGGGAGGUGUUGGUGUGUCCCACACAGGCUGUGGUGCAGGGGGUUCACUAUCACAGCAGGUACGUGACUUGGAACAGUAAAAGGCUGAUUUCUGCAGGGAUGGAGUGUUUCAUGGGGAGAUAGGAAGUUCCAGGAUGCUGCUGAAGGACAAGGUGGGGAUGAAGGGUCUCGCCAUGAGUGGCUCUAAUGCUCAGCACUAUUCCUCUCCCAUUCAGUUUGUCUGGCCUGGCCCAGGGGAUUUGCUUUUCUGACAAUUUCAGUAAAGGUUUCUCGUGUAGUUCUGAGUUUCGAGAUGAGCCAUGCUCGGAGCAGGUAGGAAACCCUGCAAGAGCUGUAAAUGGUGCUGUGUGCAGCUGAAUGCAGCAUUCCUUGGGGAAUCACAGGGUGGUUUGGGUUGGAAAGGACUAGGUAUAAAAAGGUAGAGGAAAUCAGCAGAGUGAAACACUACCAGCUUGGUGCCUGGUGUGGGAGGGCUGCACUCCCCCCAGUUACAUUGUCCUGUGCCUGUAGAGGUGAAUGAACCCCUGUACAAGGCACUUGGCUCCCAAAAACACCCGUUACACACCGCAGGGUGCAUCACAAACCCUGGUGCAUGCCAACAUGCUUGGAAAAUGGGCUGAGGAGGGAGCAGGACUGGGCGCCAAAGAAGGAACGGGCCCAGUGGAGAGAACCAUCCUUGUAAGGGCCAAAGCUGAAGCAAGAACCCCGACCUGGAGAUCCUGAGGUCCUUUCCUGCCCUGGAACCAGCUGCCCCAGCUUCCCGCCGAGCUCCCCGAGCCGACCCCACUCCAUCUUGUGUUGGACCCCAAACAAACGGUCAAUAUUUUGCCCGGUUUUUGCUUUGCGCUGCGCUCGGUUUCCAGGCUAAACCCUCCCGUGAACUGCUGAUGGGAGAGUUUUCCAGAGAACCUGGCAAGAAGCAGCGUGAACGUGCUGAUGUGAAUUUCGACGUUAAUCUUCUGUAAAUCGAGUGGCCCGUUUCCGAGGGACAGCCGGGAGAAAUCUGAAUGACGUUUCCAUAGCCCGCGCUAUUGAGAUGAAAUCUCAUGGAUGGAAUUCCGUGGACGCAGCUGCUGUAUCAGCGCUCGGAUAAUGUGCUGUUCUGUUCAGAAGCAACCCAUAAAUAGCGGGGCCGCCCCGUGCCGCCGGCAGAGCGGAACCACACCGGAGAGGCAUAAUGACUGAGCAGCAAAGUCCCCCCGAGCAGAUGGCGACUGGGGAGGGAGCUGGAGAGCGAGGUGGCAACUACAAGAUCACGAUCUACGAGCUGGAGAAUUUCCAGGGGAAGAAGUGCGAGCUGACAGAGGAGCUCCCCAACAUCACCGAGAAAGAGAUGGAGAAGGUGGGCUCCAUCCAGGUGGAGUCUGGCCCGUGGCUGGGCUUCGAGCGACAAGCCUACGCCGGGGAGCAGUUCGUGCUGGAGAAGGGCGACUACCCACGCUGGGACUCCUGGUCCAACAGCCACAACAGCGAUAGCCUGAUGUCCAUCCGCCCCCUCCAGAUCGACAGCGCUGACCACAAGAUCCACCUCUUUGAGAACGCAGGCUACACCGGGAGAAAGAUGGAGAUCGUGGAUGAUGACGUCCCCAGCCUUUGGGCCCACGGCUUCCAGGACCGCGUGGCCAGUGUCAAGGCCCUGAAUGGAACGUGGGUGGGCUACGAGUACCCCGGGUACAGGGGCCGCCAGCACGUCUUCGAGAAGGGCGAGUACCGGCACUGGAACGAGUGGGACGCCAACCAGCCCCUCAUCCAGUCCGUGCGGCGCGUGCGGGACCAGCAGUGGCACCAGCGGGGCUGCUUCGAGAACAGCUGAGGGACCCCACGCCCCCGCCGGGGCCGGCUCACGGGGUGCCCCGGCCAAUGCCGUGACCGUGGUGUUUUUUGUGCAAAAACCUCAAUAAAACUCUGAGCUG